UCUGGAUUGAUACCGACUCCAUCCAGGUCAUGUGUUGGCACUUUCACCUACCGGGUCUGGGGGUGGAGUAUGGAGUUCCACAUGAUUGGAUAUUUAAUUAGUGACUUUGUGGACAAAGGGAUUUGACUUUUCGUUCUUUGGCUUGGGUGUUCCGGGAAUACCUGGGUUUUGAUAAAAAGCUAUGGAGUCACCCAAUCUUGGAAACUGUCCACCUGCCCCAAUUAAGUGCUUCUCCUUCUGAACAUCAGUGACUGACUCCCUGAUGUUGCAACCCCUCCGCACUCGUGCUCCGUGCCUCCCUGGCUCUGUCUGUCCACACUGCCAUCCAUGACCCUCCCACCAGAGCAAGGAGGGCCUGGCCAACUCAUUCCUGCCCUCCCCCCAUGGGUAUUUACAGCUUUAGAAGCACAGAGAGAGACCCUUCCUGCCUUCCUGAAGCAAUGUUGCCUGCCUGGCACAGGCUUUCUGCAGGGCGUGGCCCACGAAGGAAUGAAUCACUAACACUGGAAUUUUAGGCAGGGGGCACCUGUUGGAGGAGAUAUUUUAGUCUGAACUGUCUUCCUGGGGUUCUUGACCUUCAUGGGCUGACCGACCUGUGGGAUUCACCUUUGGCUUUGGGGUGCUUUACGGCUAGGGGCCUGCCCUUGGACUAGUGGCAGAGGCCCCAGAGGGCCAGAACUCUGAUUGGUCUUCAUUUUGUGCUGAUUCUCUGUGGCACAGGGGGCCGCUGAUCACCAGGGGAGAAGAGCUCCCCUUGGCUCCUCCCCCGUUUCUGAGGAGAGCCAGCCUAGACAGCAAGGGGUUAAUGAGGAUUUCCCCCCCAGGUGAAAGACGGUUCCAGGGGAAAGAGGGAGAAUUGGGGCAGGAGCCUCCCCAGCUGGCAAUUUUCAAAAAGGGUAUAGUGUGUGGCUUUAAGGAACAGCUUGAGAGAGGGUGAUGGAGCCACACCUCUCUGUGAUUGGUGGUUGGCCCCAAAUGUGGACUGUUGGAUCUCUGGUUGGCAUUUCUGAGUCAGUCUUAGAAUGGAGACAAAGCACUGGAGACCCUGUAUGACAUGUUUGUGACAGGGGCGUCCUGGCAGUGGGUGCCCCCACCUCAGGCCUCCCCACUCCCUGUGGGCCAAGCCCAGCUGGACAUCACCAGGGGAGGGAGCUGCGGUUCUGAGCCUCAUACUUCCUGCACUUUCCUCUUUUUUUAUUUGCCACUCGAAUGCGUCCCCAUGGAGGGUUUGAUUUGGUGAAGUUACACUCAAGACCCUCAGAGAAGAAAACAUAAUUCUAGUAAUUUUAUUGGACUUAGGUUUCAGGCAAAUGGAAAUAAAAUUGCCUCUAAAAAUAAAAGACACGCAGAAUUGAGUAAAACAACAAUAAUAAAAAGCUGCCCUGAUUUGAGAUAAGUGGUAAGGUAUUUUGUGAAAUAUUAGAGGGAAAAAUAAAUCAACGAGGAGGCCCGGGCCGGGGGGAAUCCCUCCACCACCCUUGCUUUCAUUUCUGCUUUACCUUUACAAAAGAGCUUCAUUUGCGUGUUAUAAAGUGAAGCACAGAGCGUCGCUGGUGAAGUUGGUCCUUGUCCCGCGCUUAGCAGUACAGGUGGACGACAGGGGCUGCCUGCCAAAUACUUUGGUUGGAGGGAGGGGUGGGAGUGCUCUCUCAAAACCACUCCUGGAAUGGCUUAACUCGCCCAGCACGAAUCAAUGACAACCUCCCGCCGGCUGCGGCAGGCUCCCCUGAGCAGCGCUGCCGCGUGGAUCCCCAGCCCCGGACCCUAGCGGCGCUCAGGACACGGCCCGGGCACGAGCGCGGCGCCCCCGGGGCGGCCAGGGCUCUGGCUGAGACCAUGGCCAAUGGCAUCGACGAGCUCAUCGGCAUUCCCUUCCCCAACCACAGCAGUGAGGUCCUGUGCAGCCUGAACGAGCAGAGGCAUGACGGCCUGCUCUGCGACGUGCUCCUGGUGGUUCAGGAGCAGGAGUACCGUACCCACCGCUCCGUCCUGGCGGCCUGCAGCAAGUACUUCAAAAAGCUGUUCACGGCCGGCGCGCUAGCCAGCCAGCCGUACGUCUAUGAGAUCGACUUCGUCCAGCCCGAGGCCCUGGCAGCCAUCCUGGACUUCGCCUACACCUCCACGCUCACCAUCACCGCCUCCAACGUCAAGCACAUCCUCAACGCCGCCAGGAUGCUGGAGAUCCAGUGCAUCGUGAACGUGUGUCUGGAGAUCAUGGAGCCCAGUGGGGACGGCGGGGAGGAGGACGACAAGGAGGACGACGACGAUGACGAGGAGGACGAGGACGAGGAGGAUGAGGAGGACGAGGAGGAGGACGAGGAGGAGGACGAGGAGGACGACACGGAGGACUUUGCCGAUCAAGAAAACUUGCCUGACCCCCAGGACAUCGACUGCCACCAAAGCCCUUCCAAGACGGACCACCUCACAGAGAAGGCCUACUCGGACACACCCAGGGACUUCCCUGACUCCUUCCAGGCUGGCGGCCCCGGGCAUCUGGGCGUGAUCCGGGACUUCUCCAUCGAAUCUCUGCUGAGGGAGAAUCUGUACCCCAAGGCCAACAUCACUGACAGGAGACCCUCCUUAUCUCCGUUCGCCCCUGACUUCUUCCCGCACCUCUGGCCAGGGGACUUCGGUGCCUUCGCCCAGCUGCCCGAGCAGCCCAUGGACAGUGGGCCACUAGACCUGGUCAUCAAGAACCGGAAGAUUAAGGAGGAGGAGAAGGAGGAGCUGCCCCCACCCCCACCACCCCCCUUCCCUAGCGACUUCUUCAAGGACAUGUUCCCCGACCUUCCUGGGGGGCCGUUGGGCCCCAUCAAGGCGGAGAGUGACUACGGUGCCUAUCUCAACUUCCUGAGUGCCACCCACCUGGGGGGCCUCUUCCCGCCCUGGCCGCUGGUGGAGGAGCGCAAGCUGAAACCCAAGGCCUCCCAGCAGUGCCCCAUCUGCCACAAAGUCAUCAUGGGGGCCGGGAAGCUGCCUCGGCACAUGAGGACCCACACCGGGGAGAAGCCAUACAUGUGCAAUAUCUGUGAGGUCCGCUUCACCAGGCAGGACAAACUGAAGAUCCACAUGCGGAAGCACACGGGGGAGCGGCCCUACCUGUGCAUCCACUGCAACGCCAAGUUCGUGCACAACUACGACCUCAAGAACCACAUGCGCAUCCACACGGGCGUGCGGCCCUACCAGUGCGAGUUCUGCUACAAGAGUUUCACGCGCUCCGACCACCUGCACCGCCACAUCAAGCGCCAGAGCUGCCGCAUGGCCCGGCCCCGGCGCGGCCGCAAGCCCGCCGCCUGGAGGGCCGCCAGCCUGCUCUUCGGGCCCGGCGGCCCGGCGCCCGAGAAGGCGGCCUUCGUGAUGCCGCCCGCGCUGGGCGAGGUGGGCGGCCACCUGGGCGGGGCGGCCGUGUGCCUCCCGGGCCCCAGCCCCGCCAAGCACUUCCUGGCGGCGCCCAAGGGCGCGCUGAGCCUGCAGGAGCUCGAGCGGCAGUUCGAGGAGACGCAGAUGAAGCUGUUUGGGCGCGCGCAGCUGGAGGCCGAGAGGAACGCGGGGGGCCUGUUGGCCUUCGCGCUGGCCGAGAACGUGGCGGCCGCGCGGCCCUACUUCCCGCUGCCCGACCCGUGGGCCGCCGGCCUGGCGGGCCUCCCGGGGCUCGCCGGCCUCAACCACGUGGCCUCCAUGUCUGAAGCCAACAACUAGGCUGGUCCUCGUCAACCCCAGUCAGGCGGCCCUGUCCCCUCUCCCACCAGGCCUCCCCUGCCCCACCCAGUGGGUCUGAACUUGUUCUUUGAAACACAAAAGAAACAUGAAAAAAUAUUAUCAGCAACGGUGGUAUUUCCCAGGCCUCCUAUGGCCUCCUGCCUCCCUUUUGCAGGUGUCUGAGAUGGACAUCUCCUCCCAAAGGGCCUGGAGCCCGGGGCCUGGCCUCCACCUGUCUGUCGCUCUGGCUGUCACACAGAAACUCACAGGGGCCUGUGCCACAGAGGAGGCCACACCCUGGGUGCCCAGGAGCACUUUGGAGCUGUGUGGGGCUAGAUGGAGGAAGGGAGCUUGGCCAGAGGCACACCGGAUGGAGCAGGGCUGAGGCCUACCCAUAGGGCUUGGGGCAGGCAUCCUCACCUAGCUGCAGCCCUAUGGCAGAGUCUCUACUGACCCGUCUCUGCUGGGUCAUUUUUCUAGUCUCCAGCCAUCCUGGGAUCCUUCUGGGAAAUGCCCUAUUGGGAGGGAGGGCUCCUGGAAUCCGGGCCCAUUUUUCCCUCCCUGUGCUGUAAACUCGGACAGGUCAGUCCUCUCUACCCUGCUACAAAGGGGGGCUGCUAAUUUAGUUUCCCCUCCCAAACCCACCCACACACAUACACACAUCUACACACCUGUCCCUCCACAAAGAAUUCUUGAGAAGGUGGGAGCUUUGCACUCCUAAAGUCCUAUUGAAAACAUGUCUUACCGGAUUUGGUUUAAUCACGUCCCCCUCUAUGUUAGCACAGGUGAGAAAUGUGGCCAAACUAGACAGGGGUGACAGAGAAGAGCUGAGGUGUGGCUUGUCCACAGGCAGCUUUGGGGAACUCCAGGUACUCCCCACCUCUCUAGGCAAGCAGGCCACUGUGUCAGGGCCCUGGGGAUGACUCUUUAAGCAUUUACCCCACCUCCACACACCUCCUCCAGGGCUGUACAAAGUCUCUUGGGACCCCUGGGGCCAAUACAGAAGGGAUGGGAACCACCUCUUAACACCUGAUGACUGCCCCCCUCUACCCUGAUUCCUGGAAACAGACAAAACACCUGGUUACCCAGGGUUGAUGUUUGUUGUGGGUUUCUAGGGGCUUUGGUAUCUCUGGGGAUUGCCCCCUUUACUGUAUUUGAGCACCCUCAACCUCCCCCCUCAUCCCUUGGGGAGGAAGCUGGGGUGUUUGACUUCCCUUGGUGGUGGGAAACAGAAUCUUGGCUCCAUUAUGGGUUUGAAGGGCUCUGGGAGUUAGGGCGGCACGCACACUCUCCCUGGUUCCUGAGUUUGUAGCAAGUUCUGAGAAGGAAGACCGCUUUGCUGGCCCAGCGCCUUCCUGUUCUUCUCUCCCCUUUCCUGCCCCUGUCCCCCUUCUCUUGCUGAGUUGGCCUUUGUUUCUCAGCAGCCCCGACAGUGGGAGGGUUCAUCUGCAUGGAUUACCCAGGGCCUGUGUCCCCAAUCCAGGAGCUGUGGACACGAGACUUCGGCUCUUCUUAUCGCCUUGGCUUCUGCCUGAGCAAACACAAAAAACAAAAAGGCCAGAGAAGACCACAGACUCUGUCCCCCUCGCAGCUUCCCAGAAGAGAACCCUGACUCCUCACUCCCCCAAAUGCCAUUCCAAUCAGAGGGAACUGCUUCUGACACCCUUUUGUCUUCAGAUGCCAUCUUCCUGGGCAGCCGCCUCUUAGAUUCCCAGCUCCGUUUCUGACACUCGCUUCUGGGACCCAUCCACCGACAUCCCCAUGCUUCCCCCCCAUCAGCCAAGGGAUUGGGGCUGACCCAAACUUUAGAAGAAAACAAGGAAAAAUGAACAAAUUGGAAUCCAGUGGUGUUGGGGCUUUUGUUUUUAUUUUGUAAAGGUAAUGACUUCUUAUAAACUCAGUUUUUCAGACGACUCGUUACUUCUUUUUGUUUUCUCUCGGCUGCAGUUUGGAGUCAUACAUUGUAAAAUAUCCAAAGAUCUUGAGUACUGUAUGUUGGAGAAGAACCUGACGCAAAUGGGUUGUGGGGGGCAGGGGUGCUUGUGUUUUGUUUCUUUUCUUUGUUUUUCUUUUUUUUCCUUUUCUUUUUUUCCUUUGGUGUCUCAAUUUCCCUGUCUGUGGGAAAACUUUGGAAUUUUUUCCUAUUUAUAACUUUUUUUUUAAUGUGAAUUCUUUAUGUAAAAUGACACAACAGAGUUUGCCUUAGUGAUUCAAAGGACAAUCUUCCAUAACUUUGGUCGCACGCCGCACCCCGCCGAGAAAAACGCUCAGCUAAUUUUCUGGCCUAUUUAUUAAACAGUAUGAAUUGACUUGAUUAAA